AUGGUGCUCCAAAAGUCAGCGUGGACAGGUGGUUGCAAGCGCCAGGUAGCGCUAUGGGUAUUGGUGUCGUCGUGCGUGCUGCUGCCAACCUUAGCCCAAACCGCGCUAGCUCAAAAUGCGACGAUCGCUACCGGCCAGAGUGCAUCGGCAGCAUUGACUUCAAGAAGCCCGGAUAACACUGGGGGCGAAGUAGAGGAAAUCGACUUCGCGCAAGUUGCUCGAGACGUGGUGGCCGCCGGCCUUUCCAAAGUGCCGCGCUCUUUGAUGCGAAAACUGCUGCAAGCCGACGUGCGGUCAGAGUGCAGCACGGCGCUGCUACGUACCAUGCGAGCCUUCCAGAACCUCGAGCCGUGGGUGCUGAGACUUUUCGACGCGACCGGAAAGUGCCCCACGGGCUUCUUCGACGCCUCAAGCGCCGACUUGGGCGCGUUCGACGAGUGCCUUGAGACCGUCGUGCGGGACCGCUACGGAAACGUGUUGUCCCGUGGCCAGUACUGCAACAUGCUUGUCCACAUUAAAAACGCUACAGAAAUGAAAGGGAUGAUGAACUCCAUUUCGGAUGUCUUGCACCCGAGGAAGCUGGUAGUCCAACUGGUUCAGCCUGACGGAAAGCGAUUGUCUCUGCACAGUGUACUAAUAUUUGCAGCAGUCUUACUUGUUGCCAUUCUUAUUGGUACAAUGGUCGACUAUUUCGUGGACAAACAAUCUGCGUUCGCAAAAAAAUGCGGUCUCCUGUUCCAAGUCGCCAUGGCCUUCUCGGCGAAAUCCAACACUCGGAUGUUACUCAAUGUAGCCAGCAAGGACCAAGUUGACCAGCACUCUCUGCAAUUCUUGCAUGGCGUGCGAUGCUUAACCAUUAUGCACAUUGUGCUCGGACACACCCACAUCAUAUUAUCGGAUAGUUUCUCACGACUGCUGAACCUGUUCAUUGCUACAUCAGAGUGGCCAAAGAUGAUCAUACCCGCCGCAUUCAAUGGCGUUGAUACGUUCUUCUUUCUCAGCGGAUUUUUGCUGUCUCACAUUUUAAGCAAGCAGAAGGGAAACGGGCCUGCCGUGUUCCUCAUUGCCGUGAUUAGAAGGUUGAUCAGGAUGUGCGUCCCACUUUUCUUCGUCAUCAUGUGGUUCUACCUGCUCCAUCGUUUCGUCACGGGACCGGACACGGAGACGUUUUUCCAGAAAUUUUACGUCGACAUGGAAGAAAACUGGUGGCGUCUCCUCGUCCAGAUCAGAAACUUUUUCGAACUAAAGCCCCAGGAAAUAAUGACUCAUACCUGGUACCUAUCGACGGACUUCCAACUCUUCGUGGUUUCGCUUCUGACAUUGCUGACAUUUAGAAGACGGAAACCUGUGGCCCUGGCCGCAUUAGCCGUGCUUUCUCUUCUAUGCUGCGCCAUCGCCACAUGGACUGUCGCCAGAUUGCAUCUACUACCAUUCAUCAUUAUUCCCUUCGCUCAUUACACGCGGAUGUUGAGCACAAUCAACGAGUAUUACAUCAAGCCUUUUUAUCACGCUGUGUGCUACUUUAGCGGCUGUAUGACGUCUCUCAUGGUAGCCGACUUCAGAGAGCGCCAAAUUUCCAAGAUAUUUCAGCUGGCAGGCUGGGUUGCAUCGUUCAGUUGCGGCCUCUUCUGUGUGUUCAUGAAGUUUCCCUGGUACUUAAGCCAGAAUCCCACGUCGGAUGGCGCAGAGCUGGUUCUGGCAUUCUUUGACAGAAUACUCUGGUCGUUCUGUCUCUCUUGGAUCACGCUGGCAUGUGCUACGAGCCGAGGUGGCGCACUGGGCAAGUUCUUGUCCUGGAAUGCGUUCGUUCCAUUGAGCAAGCUUUCGUAUGGCGUGUACUUGAUCCACUGGCCAUUCCUCGAACUGUUGAUGUACUCAUCCAGAGAACGAGUCUACUGGUCAGUAUUUAACCAGGUCACGCUCUGCUUUGCCGUGCUCGUCUGGUGCUUCCUACUGUCAUACCUGACCUUCAUCGCAUGCGAGGCGCCGACUGGAGCACUCGACAAGUUGCUUUUCAGCAGGUUGAUUGGAAAUGGAGGCGUCCGGCCGCAGGAACGUAGAGAAAAACAUUGCAGGCAGCGACGCGAAGAUAAAUAUCAGCGGUGGAGAGGGCAAUGA